AUGCAUGAAUUCGAAAAAUGGGAAGCUGACUGGGCCUACCUUCGAGGCAAGUACAUUGUUCACAUUGAUACAAUGCUUUCUAACAAGGUCUUUGUCGGACCAACAGCACGUCCAACUGCCAGCUUGAUGAAUCUUGGCUACAGCAUUGCUCGCAUGAUUUUCUUCCAGCGCGCACUACAAGAAGUCGAUCAAACCUGGUCGCAAAGUCCACCGGUGCCUACACAAGCUGAGACAAGAUCCGAAAGACAGAGCAACCAUGAUGAGUCGGCAACGUCACCAAGCAACCUCGAAACGCCUGCUUCAAGGAACCGCCCCGCUGUCGUUGAGUUGAGGAAACGCGUCAUGUUAGACGCUCUUGCAUGUCUACUGAGUUACGAUCAGAUGCCCUCCGCCUCCUACGGUCGACUCCCCGUUUUUUAUACUGUUUCCAUUGAGUACUCCGUCUUGUUACUGUCGAGACUUGACGAACUAUCACUCGGCGAGUCUGAGAGAAGAGAUGCCCUCAGGGCCCUGGCGAAGAUUAAGUCUGACUGCUCCAUGCUCAAGUUCACGCCGCAAACUUCUAUCUUUGUGGACCGAGCGGUGGCAGCUGUCAUGGGUGAUCUUGCCCUAGAACGAGGGCCCCAGGUAGAGUCACCUAGAUCUCAUGGGUCUGGUGCUAGUCACAACUGUUUGAAUGGCUCCAGACCUUUGACCCGUGAUCAACGAGUUACAGAACAUGAACAACCCUCUGUCAAUCUCACAUUCGUGGGAGUAGAUGAUGCUGUGGACUUGGAAACUUUCUUUGGAGGGGGCCACGUGGACAUGUUUGCAUCACAGCCAUUAUUUGAUGAGGAUUACAACAGGAUCUGA